GGCGGCGCCAUGCGGCUCAAGGAGCUCCGACCAAACCGGUGCCAUCAUCACACGGAGAUCGCGGGAAGGGGAGAGUCGCCGACGGGUUCGGAGGAGGAGAUCAUGACGUACAGCGGCAUCAUAAGGACGACGAACGUCGAUAUGGCGUAUCAGACGCAUUCCAAGAGGAGGAGCAUGGCUACUGAUGAGGAGUCGCUGGCGUCGACUGUGGAUAAGGACGAGGGAAAGUCGCGAGUGAGGAAUUCUGGCAUGGCGCUUUUACGUUGACGUCGGGACUCGGGACGGGUGUCGCACAGACCUCCCUCGGGGUAGAACAACCUAACGGCCGAUUACCAAGGGA